AUGUUAGGACCCCCUACAAUUCUCUCCUUCCUUGCAGAUUCACAGAAGCAUGCGGUCAAUCCUACUGACCCAACUACUCGGACUCGUGCUUCUAUCACCACUACCAAAUGUUCUGUUUUUCAUACAUCCUCUAAAAAGUCUGCAUGGAUUAUUGACUCGGAUGCUACAGAUCACAUAACAUUUGAUCAUGGCCUUAGUCGCAAAUCAUCCACUUCGUCGGUGAUGUCUAAUGCUAAUGGACAUCCUUACGGGAAAGACGAUUGGUUGUGUAAUUCAAAUCCCACCCUGUUAUUGAAGCAUGAUGAAGGAAAACUUACUGCAUUGAUUGUUUAUGUGGAUGACAUAGUCGUAACUGGAAACAACACAGGAGAACAACUGAAGCUGAAAAAGAAUUUGUCUCAGGAAUUUGAGAUGAAUGAUUUAGGUGAUUUGAAGUACUUUCUCGAAAUUGAAGUAGCAAGGUCAAAAACUGGUAUAUUUUUGUCUCAAAUGAAGUAUGUAAUGGAUCUGCUCACUAAAACAGGAAUGCUUGGAUGUAAGCCGGCUAACACACCCAUUGAGAUAUGUGUAUUUGGCACACACAAGACAAGACUAGAUAUUGCAUAUGUUGUGACUAUGGUUAGUCAGUUUAUGCAUUCGCCCAAUGUUUCUCAUAGGAAUGUAGUUGAUCAGAUCUUAAGGUACUUAAAGUUAGCCCCUGGGAAGGGAUUAAUAUUCUCAAAAAAUGGAGAUCUUGAAGUUGUUGGAUAUACAGAUGUCGAUUGGGCUGGUUCCAUUACAGAUAGACGCUCUACUUCUGGUUACUUUACAUUCGUGGGAG